CCGCGGGCCUGGCGCCGCCCCCCGCCCCGAGCCCGCGGCCCCGAAGCCCUCCCCGCCCGGCCGACGUCUCCCCAAUGCGACCAUGGGAACUGGCGGUGACUAGGCGGCCUCCCUCCGACCCCCUGGGCCAGCGGCGCUUCUCCGGGGGUCCCUGCAGCAUCCCGGCCCAUCUCCGGCGAAGCCCGGCCACGCGGCGCCCUUGGGGUCGCCGGGACCGCCCCCCGGCCGCGGGGCCGGCCCAGGAUGAGAACGCGGCCCAGCCCCGCGCCCCGCUAGAUGAGCCCCGAGCCUUCGCUCUCGCCAGCCCAGCGCCCCGAAUGCUGCACCCGGCCGCCCACCCGCCCCAGCAGACGCCAUUCAUGGUCGAUCUCCACGAGCAGGUUCACCAGGGCCCCGUCCCGCUGUCCUACACGGUUACCACGGUAACGGCCCAAGGCUUCCCCAUCCCCGGGUGCAGCGCGCAGCAGCUCCCAGGAUGCUCCGUCAUGUUCAGUGGUCAGCAUUACCCCCUCUGCUGCCUCCCGCCCCCGCUGAUCCAGGCGUGUGCCCUGCAGCAGCUGCCCGUGUCCUACCAGACGUUCCCCCCGCUCAUCUCCAGUGACCAUUACAUCCUACACUCCCCGCCCCAGCCGCCCCCCAUGGCCCCCCUGGGCCAGUUCGUGCCUCUCCAGCCCCAGCACCCGCGCAUGCCUCUGCAGAGGAUAGACAACGACGUGGAACUGCGAGACCAGAACCCCAUCGGGGCCUUCACGUACACUCCCCCGUCCCACCACAGCCCCCCGGCCCUCUCCCCGUCCGUCCCCCUGCAUUACCUCCCCCACGACCCGCUGCACCAGGAACUGCCCUUCGGCGUGCCAUACCCUCCCAUGAUGCCACGGAGACUGAGCGCCCAGAGAUACCGACUGCAGCAGCCCCUGCCCCCGCCGCCCCCACCCCCGCCCCCGCCCCCGCCUCCCCCGCCGCCCCCCUACUACCCUAGCUUCCUGCCGUAUUUCCUCUCCAUGCUUCCCGUGUCGCCAACGGCCGUGGGCCCCACGAUCAGCCUGGAUCUAGACGUGGACGACGUGGAGAUGGAGAACUACGAGGCGCUGCUGAGCCUGGCCGAGCGGCUGGGGGAGGCGAAGCCCCGGGGGCUGACCAAGGCCGACAUCGAGCAGCUGCCCUCGUACCGCUACAACCCCGAGAACCACCAGUCGGAGCAGACUCUGUGUGUGGUCUGCUUCAGCGACUUUGAGGCCCGGCAGCUUCUCCGCGUCCUCCCCUGCAACCACGAGUUUCACGCCAAGUGUGUGGACAAGUGGCUGAAGGCCAACCGGACGUGCCCCAUCUGCCGCGCAGACGCCUCGGAAGUGCACCGGGAGGCGGAGUGAGGGCCCCCCCCGUCCCCCCCACCCCCCGCACGCCAC